UCACCGCGCCGCUGUUGUUUUCAGGAGAGUAGUUUGUUGUCGGACCGGCGGCCCGCUGUCGAGUGGUGGAUCCUUUCACGCAGUUUUUUUCCGCUUUGAGCAGCUGGACAGCGCCUCUCCUCUGCCUCAUGAGCCCACCGGACACCUCGCCGACAUUCCCCCGCAGCACGGCGGCCAGCAGCUAGCUCAGCUCCCCGCCAGGCCGGCUGGAAGUAAGGCAGGCUAGCAGCUUGUUAGCCGCUAGUUAGCAGCUAGCCGGCUACAUCAGGUUGGAUGUUGUCUCCAUUCAGGAUCCCCAAGAAGAAGCAGGAAGUGGACUGUGGCUCCGCCCACCAGUCACCGUUGGCCCGCCUUCAGAGCCCUGCGCCUACACUAAAGGGUUACGGGGACCGGCCCGGCGCUGACAGGGUGCAUGCUGGGAACGGCGUGUCCUCAGACAGACGGAGGGCGGUGCAGCGCCCCCUACAGGCUCCGUUCCACCAAACGUCCUGCAGGUCGUUCAGAGACACGGUGAAGACGCAGCUGGGACUCGACGGAGGCGGAGCUUCAGCGGCCAAUCACAGAGCACCAGGAAGACGCAGUGGCCAAUCAGAGCCGAGACAGAGAGCCGAGUCGUCCUUUUGUUCCGACAGAUGGCGUCCAAAGAGAGCGUCUGACCGCCUGCUGCAGCCUGAAGAUCACCUGCCUCCACCACAGAAGAAGAAAAGCGUCCCAGGUGAGCUUCCUCCCAGCAUCGCUCUGGAGACAGGCGACUCUCUGGACUCUCUGGCAGCGCUGCAACCCAAAGGGCAUGCUGGGAGUCCAAGUCCUUCACCACCAGGACUACAACGAUGGAGGACGAGGGAGUGCAGCAGAGACAGCAAGGAACAGGUAAAAGGGAGGCGGAGCCCAGAGAGGAGGCGGAGCCCAGAGAGGAGGCGGAGCCCAGAGAGGAGGCGGAGCCCAGAGAGGAGGCGGAGCCCAGAGAGGAGGCGGAGCCUGGACAUAAAGGAGGACCUGAGGGAGAAGGGGAGAGAGAGAUGGAUUGAGUUCAGAGAGAACAACAGAUCCACCGUCCUGCAUCUGAGACUGAAACCAAAACCCAGUCCUCGAAGAAAACCGAGUCAGACGGAACCCAUUGUCCUUUCGAGUGAAGAGGAGGACGAAGGCGAAGAAACCAGGACGGUUCAAAGCAGCAGCCGAUUGGACGAAUCCUGUAGAGAAAGAUCAGACCAGGUGAGUCCACCUGAAGCUCCGCCCUCCUACCUGCAGCUGCCGUUUGCUUCGCUCCACUCCGGCCUGACGGAAGUGGACGCCAACGGGAUGAUGACGGUCACUGAACACGCCAUCACUAUCCCUGUCAAAGGUGUUGAGGAAGGGGAGGUGACUGUGGUGGCGUCUCAGGUUCGGGGUUAUGGUGUUUGGGAUGGGGGCGUGGCUCGGGGCGGGGCUCUGCUGGCGUCCUGGGAAGGCCCCGCCCCCUCGCUGGUCUUCCUGUGGGUGACGGACGCUCAGGCCAACCUGCUGAAGACGGAGCUGUCGGCCAUCCAGACCUCCUCCGGGCCUCCCUGCUCCUUUGUUCUGCUGGUGUUGAAGGAGCAGCUGCAGGAGCUUCAGGCAGCCCUGCUGGCCUCCAUCCUGGACAUGGAUCCGUACCAGGAGGGCCGGUCCUGUGGUUCUGGUCCAGCGUCUCCUCUGGACUGGGCUGAUGGACUGCUCCUCCUGCACAGCUGCCCUCCUCCUGUGGACCAGCACCUCCUCAGACUGCUGGGACACUCCACCGUCAGAAGGUCCUCUGGUCCUCCGAAGACCUACAGUCCUAAGAGGUCCAACCAGCUGAGCUGCAGCCUCAGGAACAAGACCAGAACGUCUGCUGAGCUGCCCACCAGGCUGAUCCAGUAUCCUGAAGCUCCCAGUAAAGGACGGAUCACGGUGACCAAUGAGGAUCUGAUCUGUCUUCAGGAAGGAAACUUCCUCAAUGAUGUCAUCAUCGACUUCUACCUCAAGUUCCUCUUCCUGGAGGGCGUCGGCGGUUCAGUUCCUGACAGAAGUCACGUCUUCAGCAGCUUCUUCUUCCGCCAGCUGAGCCGACGGCGAGCAGCCGGCGAGGACGACCCGUCCGUCCCAGACCGCCUGGUGAGACACCAGAGGGUCAAGACCUGGACCCGUCACAUAGACAUCUUCACCAAAGACUUCCUGUUUGUGCCUGUCAAUCAAGAAGCCCACUGGUUCCUGGUUGUGGUGUGUUUUCCUGGACUUGAGGAGAAUCGUCAUGAGAAGUUUGAGCCGUCAGCAGGUGCAUCAGAUCGACCUGCAGGAAAACAGAACCUGAGAUCCAGUCAGCCUCCGGACUGCAGUCUUCAGGGCUGCCAGAAGGACUCGGUGUUACAGAGGCCGUGUAUUCUGGUCAUGGACUCUCUGAAGUUGUCGCAUCAUGAGAACGUCUGUCGGCUCCUCAGAGACUACCUGCAGGUGGAGUGGGACGUCCGCAGGAAGUCUCCUCGCCUGUUUUCCUGCGAGCGCAUGAGGAGCUGCAGCUGCAGAGUUCCUCAGCAGGACAACAGCAGCGACUGCGGCGUUUACCUGCUGCAGUACGUGGAGAGCUUCUGCAGGUAGGACGCGCCUGGACCGCAGGAAAGAGAUGGUUAAAUAACAUGCAAUACGGGGACAUAUUUAGAUAUCAGAAAAAUGUCAGUUCUCAGCGACGUUUUGGUGUUUAAUUUAUUUUUACAGUUUCUGAAAAGUGUAAAA